AUGAUCAUCAGGAAAGAUAAUAACACCGCCAUGGCCAGCCUUCAACACCCUUCUCCAGUAAGAAGAUCCUCGAUUUCCGGUGAAAAGUACAGGGAUUUGCUCAACGACUUGCCGUCACCAUCGCCGAGGAUUCGCCGGUUGAAUUCGUCGCUGGUUCGGAGGAAUAGUAGUCGAGAGAUGGUGGUGCCCAGACGGCGGCGUGCCAGUAAAGAGAUUGUGAGGAGGGCGUUGACGCCUCCUGCUCGGAAGCUCAUCAGACGGUGGUUCGAUUUUAGGCCGACACCUAGCCGGCUUUCAGUUAUGUCCAUGGCUGCCUAG